AAACGAUGCCUCUGGAUGAACGCCCAAGAUGACCUACCAUAAAGCAUAGAAUAAGCUCCUGCUUUAUCCGCAUGGACAGAUUCUAGUUGAAAAGCGUGUUAGAGCAACAUGAGCUGGAGCUUUCUCACUCGUCUCCUGGAAGAGAUCCACAACCACUCCACCUUUGUGGGGAAAGUGUGGCUGACUGUGCUCAUCAUCUUCCGCAUCGUGCUGACAGCGGUUGGAGGCGAAUCCAUCUACUCGGACGAGCAGACCAAGUUCACCUGCAACACCAAGCAGCCGGGCUGCGACAACGUAUGCUACGAUGCGUUUGCCCCUCUCUCGCAUGUCCGCUUCUGGGUCUUCCAGAUCAUCAUGAUCUCUACUCCCUCUAUCAUGUACAUGGGUUACGCCAUCCACAAGAUAGCCCGGUCUACAGAGGUGGAUCGCAGGAAGCAAAACAGGCUCCGCAAAAAGCCUCCUCCUCAUACCAGAUGGAGAGAAAGCCACCACAUGGAAGAUGUUUUAGAGGAGGAUGAAGAUGACGACGCUGAGCCCAUGAUCUAUGAGGACACACUGGAGGUGCAGGAGGCCAAGCCUGAACCAGCGAGCACUGGAAAAGACCCACCAAAGCACGAUGGCCGUCGGAGAAUAAUGCAAGAAGGCCUGAUGAGAAUCUACGUUCUACAGCUCAUGUCGCGAGCUAUUUUUGAAAUCGCUUUCCUUGCAGGACAGUAUCUCCUCUACGGCUUUCGAGUUAGUCCGUCAUAUGUAUGCAACAGAGUUCCCUGUCCACACAGAGUGGACUGUUUCAUCUCCAGGCCUACAGAGAAAACCAUCUUCCUCCUCAUCAUGUAUGUGGUGAGCUGCCUUUGUCUAGUGCUAAAUGUGUGCGAGAUGCUUCACCUGGGAAUCGGCACUUUUCGGGACACCCUCCGCAUGAAGAGGAACCGGGGCCGACAGCCGUCCUAUGGCUACCCGUUUUCUCGAAACAUCCCAGCCUCUCCUCCGGGGUACAACCUUGUGAUGAAGACAGACAAACCUAGCAGGAUCCCCAACAGCCUCAUCACCCACGAGCAGAACAUGGCCAACGUGGCCCAGGAGCAGCAGUGCACCAGCCCAGAUGAGAACAUCCCGUCUGAUUUGGCGAGCCUACACCGGCACCUUCGAGUCGCCCAGGAACAGCUCGAUAUGGCCUUUCAAACAUAUCAAACCAAAACCAACCAGCAAACAUCCAGAACCAGUAGCCCUGUAUCUGGGGGCACUAUGACAGAACAAAACCGAGUCAAUACAGUCCAAGAGAAACAAGGAGCGAGGCCGAAAUCAGCCACAGAGAAGGCUGCAACCAUUGUAAAAAACGGAAAGACCUCUGUCUGGAUCUAGAGAUAUAUCUAAUUUAGUAAAUUAACAGUUAAAACUUUUAGGACUCCAGGACUGCACUGUGACACAGCCGGAGGAUGUGUAUGUGUGUAUGUGUGUGUGUUUGCAUGUGAGAGAGAAAUUUGACUUAGGACAAUAACAUUUGAGAAUUGCAAUCACCCGCUGAAGGAGUACAGUUCACAGUUUUGGGGAAUUUAAAAGAAAAGACACAUGUGGAACUGAUCAAAUCCAGUAUCAUGAAUCUUCUUUGUUACUGUGUCAUUUUGUUCUUCCAAUAGCUUCUGGACAUGGUUAACGUGUGCUUACUUAGUUAUACAUCUCUAAUUCCAGCUAAAAUGUCAAAGUAUAAACAGACUGCUUCGAGCUAUUUAUCUGAUCUACCCUUGACUGCCGCUGAACUGGAUUAAUCUAACUUUGUAAGUGUGAUUGUACCCUCAGUCCAAAUAUGAGCAAAGCAGUGGAAAACACUGUACAAAUGCACAAUGACUCAUUUCUGAAGAAUGACGAUUAUCGGUGGAAAGAUGCAUGUUUAACAUGUUGGGAUGUGUUUUCGGAUGUAGUAUGGAUGAGUGCUGCUGGAAGCGGAUGAAAUGUGACAUUUUUGAUAAAUAUAAUGAAACAGUGCUGGCUCGUCUGGUGGACAUCUGCUCAGUGUGAUGAUCUUCAGUCAUCGCGUGCAAAGCCUUUAUCUAAUCUAUAUUUUCCAAAGCAUUGCAGUGUCACGUUUCAAGGGGAAGAGGUAAGUGAAUAGAAAAUCUGAUUAUUUUCUAAACUAAAUACUGAUUUUCUGCAAAUGGGAGCAGAUGAUGCAUGCUUUAGAACUUGAAACAUAAAGUAUACACAUAGCCUACAGUAGAAAACCCCAUCCUUAGCUAAACAAUUUGCUCUAUAUUUAUCUUAUGUUUAGGCAUGUUACGUCUUGAAGAUGAUCAUUUCAAUUUGUAUGUUUCUAAACAUUUGUUUCUGAAUACUAUUUAAUCCUGCCUUCACUGUUGUCAUACUUCAAAGUGCCUAAAACUUUUAAAGACU